UCGUAACGUUCACAUUACCAAUUCGUUGCUAUCACAAUUUCAGUUGACUCACAUUUAUUUUUCGUUGAUAUGAGAUGUUUAUUUUUGAUCGCCUUUGAUAUGAUUCAUCGUAAAAAUGAUGAAAUUCUAUUAAUUAUUAAAGCCGCAACGCAACGGUGGGAAUAAGUGCAACCGUGUCGUAGACCAUACACACAUCGCCACAAACACAUUCGUAUUGUAUAGAUUUUUCUACGUGCGCACAUUCGCAUAUUCAUCAUCACCAACAGUGAGUGGAAUGAACGGAACAACACAAUUUUUUUCUCAAUAUUUCAUCAUUCUAGCGACGACAUUGCAUUUCGGAAAUUGAUCGGGCAAAAUUUUUGUAUUCAUUUUAAAAAUAAGAAAAUAAUUGGAGAAGAUGUCUGAUUGGGAUUCGGUGACUGUGUUGCGUAAGCGACAACCAAAAGCAUCUACCAUGAAAACCGAAGGAGCCAUAAACCAAGCUCGCCGGCAAGGAUUAAACAUUGAUACAUCACAAAAAUAUGGUGCUGGAACGAAUAAGCAACAUGUCGUUACCAAAAAUACUGCGAAACUCGACCGUGAGACUGAAGAAUUGAAACAUGAUAAAAUCCCCUUGGAAGUCGGCAAAAUCAUUCAGGAAGGUCGCAAACAAAAAGGUCUUAAACAAUCCGAACUGGCUGCGAAAAUUUGCGAAAAACCACAAAUCAUUACCGACUAUGAAGCUGGCCGUGGCAUCCCGAAUAACGUUAUCUUGGGCAAAAUUGAACGUAUAAUUGGGGUAAAAUUACGUGGCAAAGAUCGUGGUCAACCAAUGGUGCCUCCUGGUCCAAAAAAGUGAAGCACUGGGGGGCAUAAAAAUUUCAUAUCUUUCAUACAAAAAUCCACAAUCGAAUGAAUUCAAAAAGAGAGAGAGAGAGAGAAAAAAAAACAACCAAACAUUAAUUGCGCAUUUUUGUCCAUUGGAAAAAUAGUUCACUGAAAGCGAAUAACAAAAUCGAAUAGUCAUUUUUUUUUAAAUAAAAGAAGAACACACACACAUGAGAUAACAA